AUGCACAGAUGCCCUGAACUGAAAAGACUCCCCAAGUCCCCUAGAUUCACGUCUGUUAUUUUCCGGGGCCAAAAUCCAGGUUCGCCUGCGAAGCUCAUUGACCCCGGAAAGCAACCGUGCAAGACGCCGAAAUCCACGUUUCUUUCCCCCGACCACCCAGCAACAUCUCUACGGAAAUCCGACUUCCCAUCGUUCGCGAAUUCUGCUUUGAGAAUCAACGCUUUCCCGUUUGCUGUGCUUGAGAAGCCUCCCGACCCUUCGAAAGAGCCCAUCGCUCGUCAAUUUAAAUAUGCUCAUAUACCUUGGAAGGAAAGGAUUCAUGUAUCUGGCCCUCGGAAUUCCGGCACUCGUAUUCCAAUGUCCUUCUUCAUUGCAACUUCUAUAAAGAAUACAAGCAAGAAAGGGACAAUCCGGAGUACCAUCAAACAUCGACUUCGCACUGCGCUCAAUAUGAUCGUUGCACGUGGCGCGGAGAGCGGGACUGACGCACGGGGGAGGCAGAAGUUAGUUCUUAACGAAGCCAAGGCGACGGAGCAGGGGAACAAGUGGCUUUUACAUGAUUGGACGUACAUCUUUAGCCCAACGCUGGAACUCUAUCGCAUGCCAUAUCCAGUGAUGGUCGAUACGCUUAGCAAGGCUUUGCAUUCAAUUCGUGUUAGAGGACUCAAACUAGAAACAGGGUGGCAGAAGACUCCGUGUGAAGAGGUGCCUAGAAUGCAGGUAGUUCAAACGGUCGAUCAACAGAAAACUGCUCGGCUAGUGGGCACAACUCAGAAGCGGAAAUCGCAAAUGGUGCCAAAUGCGACCGUGACCAGGGCACCUCCAAGAUCACCAGCGGUUCUAGGCAUUCGGAAAUCGCGAGCUUCAUCGGCGACCGCUCUUAAGGAACCACGCAAGGCGACAAUGGUACCCGUAGAUCAAAAACUCUGGGUGGACCGUGCCGCCCGGGAGUUAACAAACGUCAUCGAGAAACGAGAAACGGGUCGAGGUUCCAGAGAUGACAGGGGACUACGGACAGAAUUGACGGACGACCGUUGGAGCUCGGACAACGAUAAUGGUUCUGCUAAUUCCAAAGCUGCCCGAGUCAACUCGGAGACCUUGUUCGCAGAAAGAGCUGACACUUUACCCGACCUGUCUUCGUUGUUCCGCAAACUGAACGAGCAUGCGAGUGAGGAGGAAGAACAGGUUGAGCUCGAUCAGCCCCCCGACAGACGUCCCCGUCGUCGACCAAAGCUAUUCUUCCAGUCCGCGACGCCGCUUGCUACCCCGGACGUACCAAUAGGUGGCCCGCUCGAAUUGAUCAUGGCGAAGGACGGUAUGAGAGCACCCCCGAAGCUAAAGAGGAUAAAUACCGAAGUGGACAAGGACCACUUACUCUUCCAGCGCAAAUCUGUCGUAUUACAACAAAAUCACAACCGAGGAAAUUGA